AUGAACCCUUGUGGACACGAGUCCCUGGCGCAUUUUGUGGCUCUGAAAAUUUGUCGUGGCAAACGCUUGUUGUUGCUGAAGUGCCAAAACUACCCCCACGCGCUCCAGGCCCACCGCAAGUGGCCCUCCCGCGUCUCAGAAGAAGAUUUGCCAGAACACCAUCAUGUUCGUGUUCUGAAGGCUUUAAGACAACAGCAGAAAAGAAGAAAUGGAGUCUCAAUGAUGGUAAACAAGACUGUUCCUCGUGUUGUUUUGACACCAUUAAAGGUGUCUGAUGAGCAGUCGGAUUCACCUUCAGGGUCUGAAUCUAAAAAUGGUGAAGCAGACGGUUCUGAUAAAGAGAUGAAAAAUGGGCAAAAGUCUCCAAGUGGAAAACAAACAAGCCAGCACUUAAAAAGGUUAAAAAAAUCUGGUUUAGGACAUUUGAAAUGGACCAAAGCUGAGGAUAUUGACAUAGAAACGCCAGGAUCUAUUCUAGUGAACACUAACCUGAGGGCUUUAAUCAAUAAACACACCUUUGCUUCUUUACCUCAGCAUUUUCAACAAUACCUCCUGCUUUUGCUUCCAGAAGUAGACAGGCAGAUGGGAAGUGACGGAGUUUUGCGCCUCAGUAGUUCCGCUCUGAACAAUGAAUUCUUUGCAUAUGCAGCACAAGGGUGGAAACAACGAUUGGCAGAAGGAGAAUUUACUCCAGAAAUGCAGUUGCGCAUCAGACAAGAGAUUGAAAAGGAAAAGAAAACUGAACCUUGGAAAGAAAAAUUCUUUGAAAGGUUUUAUGGUGAAAAAUCGGGAAUGUCGAGAGGAGAAUCGGUGAAACUCACCGCCGUCCAGAACAACGAUGAAGAUGAAAGCAGUUCUUUGUGUGGAUCUUCUGACCUACCUGGUCCUUCUAAGCAAGCAGCCCUUGAGGAUCACGAGCAGAAAGGUGCUAAAAUCCCACCAUUGCCAGAGAGGGAUCGUUGCCCACCUCCCUGUACCAUGGAGCAGGCUCCAGCCAAGGAGCUGGUGUCAGAAUCAGAAGAUAUACUGAUACCCGAGGAAUCCAUCAUUCAGGAGGAGAUUGCUGAGGAGGUUGAGACGAGUAUUUGUGAAUGCCAGGAGGAGAACCAUAAAACAGAACAUGAGUUUUCUGAGGAGUCAGUAAGUCCAGCAGGCACAAAUGAAGAAACGGAGGCAGCGCAGCUUGGAGACAGUGCUGAGUCUUGUGUCACGAUGAAUGAUGUAGCUGAUACUGUGUCUCACAUUGAAAUUAAAGUGGAGGUGAAGUCAGAAUGCCCUCAGGAGGAGAUGUCAGUUGUGACAGAUCGGCUGGAGGAUUGCGUGUCGCCGGCACGAUCAGCCUCAUCCACAAACUCUGUCAGUGAUACAGCAGAGAGGGAUCCUGAGUCUGCAAAAGAGCUAAUUGCUCCAGAAAUGCCAAAUGCUGCUCUGGAAGGCUCCUUGUUCACUGGUGGAGGCAUUGCGGUGGAUAUGGAGCUUCAAAGUGACCCUGAUGAACAACUGUCCGAAAAUGCCUGUAUUUCGGAAACUUCCUUUUCCUCUGAAAGUCCAGAAGGACCAUGUGUCUGCAUUGCCUCUCCUGGGGGAGACACUCAGUCGACUUCAGAGGAACCCUGUACUCCAGCAUCUCUUGAAACAGCUUGUUCAUCUGAAGGGUCCAGUUCUGAAAACACUGACGGUGACAUUCAGCAAAAGGCCACUGAUGAAAACUUGAACACACCCCUGAUAUCAGAAAUUUCUCCAAUGUCCACCUCACCUGUAGCUUCAGAAGCAUCUCUUAUGUCAAACUUACCUUUAACAUCAGAGGCAUCACCAGCUUCUAAUUUACCUUUAACAUCAGAAACAUCUCCUGUGUCUGAUUUACCUUUAACAUCCGAAACAUCUUCAGUAUCUUCUGUUCUUCUGGCCUCGGAAACCUCUGUGGCAAAUAGUUUACCUCUUCCAUCAGAAACAUCUCCAAUUUCUAAUUCCUCCAGUAAUGAAAGACUUAUUUUGCAACAGAGGAAAUCACCAUGUUUGUCGGAGGACUCCCUUCCCGCUUUGAAAGAAGAAAGCUCUACCAUUCCUAAGGUUGUUCAAGAGGAGAAUCUUGUUCUUCAGCCAAAGCAGCUUCAGAGUGCACCUGAAAAUAUGAAAGUUGGUCCACUAGCAAUUGUGCCAGAUAUUUCAAUAUUGGAAGAGACGCAAAGCAAAAGCCUCAGUCAUCAGUCAUGUAAGUCACAUUCUGAAAUUGAGAAAUCCUACAUUGCAUCCAUCCCAGAACACUCUCCACCAGAAGUAAUCAAAAUUAAAAACCACAGUGUUCAGCAAAGAAGUGACAAGAAAGGUACUGUCCUGUCAUCAGAGGUCGGUGUCUUAUCAGAAGGAUCAGUGGGCAAAAAUAUUGAACUGCUUCCAUCAAAACCACAUGAUAAACUGUAUACCUCAUCUCUGGAGAAAGCUUCGUUCUCCGAAGUGGGCAGAAGCAAAUCUCACAAAGUACCUGGCAGCACCCAAAGCCGCCUGGAGAGUUCACAUUCUUCCAAGUCAUUAGAACCCACAAAAUCAGCUGAAGUGAGGAACGAGAGUAGAGACCCAGAGAUCCCAAAGAGAAAAACAGCAGAACAGCACAGUUUUGGAAUCUGCAAAGAGAAGAGAGCUAGAAUAGAUGAUGAUCAGCCCAACCGUAACGCUUCAUCGACGAGUCCAUCUGAUAAAGAUCAGCCCCCCAGAGAAGAACCCCGAGUUCCACCCCUCAAGAUUCAACUCUCAAAGAUUGGACCACCCUUUAUCAUAAAGAGCCAGCCUGUUUCCAAACCAGAACCUCGAGUUUCCCCGAGCACGUCAGUGAGCAGCGGGAGAAACACUGGGGCUAGAACCCUUGCAGAUAUCAAAGCACGAGCUCAGCAAGCAAGAGCGCAGAGAGAAGCUGCGGCGGCGGCAGCCGGGGGCGCGAGCAUCGUCUCGGGAGCGAUGGGGACCCCGUGCGAGGGCGGGAAGACGAGGACACUGGCACACAUCAAGGAGCAAACGAAGGCCAAGCUGUUUGCAAAGCACCAAGCCCGAGCUCACUUACUGCAGACGAACAAAGAAACGAAGUCACAGUUCAACUCAAAGGAAAGUACCUCAUCUCUAGAGAUCCCAGCUUCCACUGAUACAAAGAUUGAAGGUUCUACUGGUGUCAUUAUAGUUAAUCCUAAUUGCAGGUCCCCUAGCAACAAAUCUGCUCAUCUUCGGGAGACUACGGCGUUAUUGCAACAGUCACUUAACACAGCUACAUUACCAGAACCUGCUACUGACAUACCGGUGCACAGUUCUGAUGAAAAUAUACCUAUGCCACAAUCGUGUGAGAAAAUUAUUUCAUCUACCUCUACUGAAAAUAACAGUGUGCCAGUGCUUUAUAAUAAAAAUUCAGUCUCUGUGUCUGCUUGCAGCACUGCUAUGUCUGGAGCAAUUAAAGAACUUUCUUUUGCAAGUUCUGUUGAUAAAUCUUCUGUUUUAAUGUCUGUUGACAGUACAAACACAGCAGUUUCAGCUUGUAAUCUAAAUAUGCUGAAAUCCAUCCAAGGGGCUGAUACGGCAUGCAUAGCCGUUGCACCAAAAUGCAUUGAUAACAGUAACGUGCCAGUCUCCAUAGAGAGCACGGGCUUAUCGAGUGCCAUCGAGGACAAAAGGUUGCCACUACCAAGUAGCAAUGCGAGCAAUGCAGUCUCCAGUCACUAUGCCACUGUGCCAGCUUCAUCUAUUGCCAGUAAUUUGCCAAAUCAUCUCUCUGGUAGUUCUGUACUGAUUCCCCCGGUGGGGACUACCAACAGAUUUUCUUCUGAUAAGAUAGCCAUAACUGGGUGCAACGAGCAAAGCACUGUCUCCAUUCACACCACUGCUAGGGCAGCUUUGAGUUGCAGUGAGGCUGUUGCAGUAGCAGACUCUGUUGCAAGGCCACCCAUUUCUAUGUUUACUGGUAACAUGAUGACAAUAAGCUCUUACGAUAACGCUACUAAAUUAAAUGCUGAUCUCUUAGAAAAAAGCUCCGGAGCGCGAAACCGAAUGGAUCUCACGGGUAAAUCUCAGCCCGUGAGCUUUACGCAAACUGCCAUGAAUAGAUCUAUACCUUGCAAAGUCAUUGUAGACCACACCACAAAUCUGAAUUCCAGCCUGUCACUGUCUUCUUCUAUUGAAAGUGCAGAGAACAGCAUAGACCUGCAAAGCAGACCCGUGAGGGCAGAAGCUGCCUUACAAAGUAUCGCAUGUCCUCAGGUCUCAGUAAUAAGCAGGCCUGAAGUAGUUUCUAAUGAAAGCCUUGAGCACAGUUCCAGCUUUAUGACCAUUGCAGCAAAGCAAGACGGCAAGAACUUGCAGGCAAGUUGCUCCGGUCUUCGAGAAGUGCCUCUUGCUCCUCAAGAUAAAUUAAUUGAGGUGGUUGCUUCCAGCCAAGGUUUUGUUGAGCAGUUAAGAGGUCCUUCAGCCUUUAAAAGUGAAGCAGAUGCUGCCUGUGCCAGUCAGUAUAACACGAACAGUCGAAUUUGUUGGCAUGAUGAAGAGGCAAUGAACACAGACCAGCCAGUGGUCAGCCAUCUUAACUCCCAUAAGCAUAAAGAAUAUGCUGAGCAAAACUGUUUGAAAAAUGUCAAAACCGAACCUUCCAGUUACACGCAGAUGUCUGAACUGCAAUCCAGGAGUCUUUUGACAAGCAUGGCUGUUCCCGUGAAAUCGGAGACUAGUGAGUCUGACAAGUGCUUCAGGAUGGACACCGAGGACUUUACGGGACCCGAAAUGCCAACGCAGCCUGCAGAAAUAGCCACAAGUGUACAGCCAGCCCAGACCUCCAAGACAUCCCUUACCGAUGCCAUGGAGGACCCUCUGUCACUGACAACGGACACCCUGAAGAGAGUGUCAGGCGCUGGGGGCUCUGGCUGCCGCCUGUCGUCAGUGGAGGCCAACAACCCCCUGGUGACACAGUUGCUGCAGGGCAAUCUACCCCUGGAGAAAGUGCUGCCGCAGCCCAGGUCUGGGGCCAAACUGGAAAUUAACAGGCUCCCCUUGCCUUUGCAAACUACCUCAGUAUGUAAAACGGCAGCGUCCGAGAGAAGUAUCGCUGAGCAUCCUUCCAGCUCUCCUAAUCCGGAUGGGAAAGGAUUCGCGGCAGGCAGCAUAGCCCCGCUACAAAUCAGGAAGCGGGAAAACCAUCCGAAAAAGAGGAUGGCCAGGACCGUGGGGGAGCACGCUCAAAUUAAGUGUGAGCCUGGGAAGGUGUCAAUGGACACAGAUGUUAAAGCGGCUCCUUGUGUAAUUAGUUCCAGCAUGAACCAGCUAGGGCACGGUCAGCCGUUCAAGCAGGAGUGGCUGAACAAGCACGCGAUUCAGAGCCGGGUCGCUCACAGCCCGGAGAUCAAGCAGCAGAAGAGGCCGCUGCCUUCGUGCAGCUUCCAGCAGAGCUUGUUUCACGUUGAUAAAAACGGCAGCUUUCACGCAGAAGCUAGUACCUCACACAGACAGCAUUUUUACCAAAUGUCCAUGGCUGCAAGAGGCCCCGUUCCUACGGCAGCUUUGCUGCAAACCACUUCAAAAGGCCCGCCUGGCUGCAAUGCCUUUGCUUUCAGCAGACACCUGGAACAGAAGGGCUUGGGAGACGUGACUAUGUCCGCAGCCGCUCCCCAGCUGAGGCUG